AUGAUUGACAAUAAAGGUGACGUUGCAUGGUUGCGAGUGGACACGCAGACUAUUUUAACGAUAGCGAAACACGUGAUCACGAAAAAUCAUAGAAUUGGAGUAUCGCAUACAGAGCCGAAAACAUGGCAUUUAAACAUACGCAAUGUUGAGGAAUCCGAUCGAGGUGCUUACAUGUGCCAGAUCAACACCGAUCCGAUGAAGAGUCAAAUCGGUUACUUGGAAGUUGUAGUUUCACCAAAUAUUUUGGAUUAUAUGACGAGCACGGAUAUGAUAGUCAGAGAAGGCAGUAACGUUACGCUACGCUGUGCUGCGAAAGGAUUUCCAACACCAAAUAUCACAUGGAGACGAGAAGAUGGAGAAACUAUACGUACUGGUUACGGUGAUGAAGUGAGGUUUGUAGAGGGAUCGGUCUUCAAUAUCACGAAGAUAAAUCGAUCACAGAUGGGCGCAUACCUGUGCAUCGCUUCAAAUGGAGUACCACCGACUGUCAGUAAGAGAAUAAUGCUUACAGUCCACUUUAGCCCAAUGAUUUCGAUCCAGAAUCAAUUAGUUGGAGCACAGGAGGGGCAAAGGAUGACCUUGGAGUGCAAUUCUGAAGCUUUUCCAGAGUCGAUCAACUAUUGGACGAGAGAGAAUAAGGAAAUUACAAAAAACGGAGAGAAGUAUAACCAAUCGUUCACGAAUAAUGAAUACAAAGUGCAUAUGAAACUCACGAUAUUAUCGGUGGAAAUGUCUGAUUACGGAACGUACAAAUGCAUAUCAAAGAAUGCUUUAGGGGAAACAGACGGCAGUAUUAAACUGUACCAUAUUCCAACACCAACGACACAACCCAGAACUACAACAACUACUCCAGUUCCCACUAGCGAAGAAGUUGAAAAUAUUCAAAAUUCGCGACAAAGGCCACUACCCAGUGUGCAGCCAAGUCCACAUCAAAUAACUGAUUCGUCGUUGCCUAACAUCGGAAGAACCGAUGAUAUACGGCUUCGUGGCAGGGCGAGCAGCGGCAGCUACAACGAUGCUGAAAACGCUAUAGCAACAAAAGGACGAGCAAGCAUCGACAGCGAGGUACGACCACGAAGAAUCGACAACACGGCGCAAUCGAUGUCAUCCAGGGGUUCUAGUUCGAAUUUUCUGCUGCAAUCUACAGCGGCCAUCUGCAUAAUCCUACUAUCUGCCCUGUCGUAG